GGAAGUUACAGAAUCUUAAAAUUUCUUGCUUCGCUCUUUCUUUCAACAACCAAUUCCAGGAUCUGCUCGAAAACAAGCGAUAAAGGAAAAUGGAUGAUUCAUCAAACAGAUUCGGCGUCAACGGAGUAGAAUCGAUUCUAGCAAACUACAAACUCGGUAAAACCCUAGGAAUCGGAUCUUUCGGCAAAGUCAAAAUAGCUGAGCAUGUUGUCACUGGCCACAAGGUAGCUAUCAAGAUCCUCAAUCGCCGUAAAAUCAAGAACAUGGACAUGGAAGAGAAAGUGAGGAGGGAGAUAAAAAUCCUCAGAUUGUUUAUGCAUCAUCAUAUCAUUAGGCAAUAUGAAGUUAUAGAGACUCCUAGUGACAUUUACGUUGUUAUGGAGUAUGUUAAAUCAGGAGAGCUUUUUGAUUACAUUGUUGAGAAAGGGAGGUUACAAGAGGACGAGGCUCGUAAUUUUUUCCAGCAGAUAAUUUCUGGUGUGGAGUAUUGUCAUCGUAAUAUGGUUGUUCAUAGAGACCUCAAGCCUGAGAAUUUGCUGUUGGACUCGAGGUGUAAUAUCAAGAUUGCGGAUUUUGGAUUGAGUAAUGUCAUGAGGGAUGGGCAUUUUCUGAAGACCAGUUGUGGAAGCCCUAACUACGCUGCUCCUGAGGUUAUAUCAGGAAAGUUAUAUGCUGGACCUGAAGUAGAUGUAUGGAGUUGCGGAGUGAUAUUAUAUGCGUUACUAUGUGGUACUCUUCCUUUUGAUGAUGAAAACAUUCCUAACCUUUUCAAGAAAAUUAAGGGUGGUAUUUACACUCUUCCAAGUCAUUUAUCACUUGAGGCUAGAGACCUUAUCCCGAAGAUGCUUACAGUUGAACCAGUGAAACGAAUCACCAUUCCUGAGAUCCGUCAACACCGUUGGUUCCAGACUCGUCUUCCUCGUUAUCUUGCUGUUCCUCCACCUGAUACACUGGAGCAGGCCAAGAAGAUUAACGAGGAGAUUGUUCAAGAAGUGGUUAACUUGGGAUUUGAUAGAAACCAGGUUAUGGAAUCUCUUCGCAACAGAGUACAAAACGAUGCUACUGUUACAUACUACCUGUUAUUGGACAACCGGUACCGUGUUCCAAGUGGCUAUCUUGAAUCAGAGUUUCAGGAGACAACAGACAGUGGUUCCAAUCCUAUGCGCCCAGCUGAAGCGGCUGCUUCACCUCUAGGCCAUUGGGUUCCUGCACAUAUUGAUCAGUACGGGUUGGGAGGAAGAUCACAAGUCCCAAGUGACCGUAAAUGGGCUCUUGGACUUCAGUCCCAUGCGCAUCCUCGUGAAAUCAUGAAUGAAGUAUUGAAAGCUCUUCAAGAACUCAACGUGUGUUGGAAGAAGAUUGGUCACUACAACAUGAAAUGCCGAUGGGUUCCAGGUUUUGCUCAUGGUCAGAAUACUAUGGACAACAAUCAGCUCCACUUCAGAGAUGAAUCCAGCAUCAUUGAAGAUGACUGUGCCAUGACCUCACCUACCGUCAUCAAAUUUGAACUUCAGCUAUACAAAGCUCGGGAAGAGAAGUACUUACUGGAUAUACAGAGAGUUAACGGUCCUCAGUUUUUAUUCUUGGACCUAUGCGCCGCAUUUCUUACAGAGCUCCGUGUGAUCUGA